AUGGCAGAAGAAGCACCCGAGGUCGUUGUCCUCGACGACUCGGUUUUUGACGUCCGUUCGUACUCGUCAUCCUACGACAGCGGUGUCGACGACAACAGCGAGGGGAGCGGCGGGAGCGGCGGCGAGGGCGGGAGCAAGGGCGCUGGGAUCGAUGAUGGACUGAGCCCACAGGAGCGGGCAGUGCAGCUUCGGUGGGGAGCCGUGCGAACUGCGGUGGAGGACGAGGACCAUGUGUCGACGGUGGCGUGGUCAGCAGUCGCCGAGCUGCUCACCUGUUCGAUCUGUCUCCGGCUCUUCCACUCGUGCACAGUGGCCAAGGACUGCAUGCAUCGAUUCUGCGAUACAUGCAUCCGCAAGUCGCUGCGGCUGGCCAACCGCGAGUGCCCGACAUGCCGCAACCCGUGUCCAUCGAAGCGGUCGACGCGGGCCGACGAGCGGGUGGACGCGCUGCUGAAGACGGUUGUGGGCGAUGUGGACGAGUUUGAGUCUGGCAUGCAGCCCAAGAUCGAAAAGGUGGUCUCGGGCAACCUGGCAGCCUUUCAGGAGUCGGUCCGCAAGGGUCUCGAGCGGCAGGCCGAGACCAAGUCGACCCGUGUCUCGCAGGCCCGCAUUCUCCAGGCGCUCGCUGAAGAGCGCGGAGAGCUCGAGGAGCCGCUGCACGGGCCGGGCUCGCGGUCUGGGCGUGGGCGCGGGCGUGGACGUGGGCGCGGGCGCGGGCGCGGGCGCGGGCGCGGGCGCGGCGGGCGCGGGCGUGGACGCGGGCGCGAGCAGGCGCGGCGGACGAGCGCGUCUCGGGCCGAGGACGAGCCACCGCGCAAGGGUCCCAAGCCCGAGCUUGUGUAUGUAGCCGCGUCGCGGUGGGGCAUCGGAGACGAGUACUGCCACGUCCCGUCGAGAACGGCAAGCCGGCUCGCCGAGGGCGGCGUCUUUAUCCUCCCGCCGGGCGAGCCGGUCAUCCACAAGCACUACCACAACAAGCAGAAAGAGCGGCGGCGGCGCAAGAAGUCCAAAUACCUCCGCAAAGUGGUGUCGCUGCCGCGGCGGCGCGGCCGGCCGCGUAAGGUCCUCCCGUCGCCGCCGGCAUCGUCGUACACUGACUCGGACUCGCCGUCGCCCGACUACUCAGAGUGGUCACCGGCUCCGGCGCGCUCGCAGUUUGGCAUCACCGACAUGUCGGGCUCGCGGCUUGCCAAGCGGACCAAGCGGACCAAGCGGCGGUCGCAGACCGGCAAGCGGGUCCGCAUCGAGUUCAAGUCGGACUACACUUACACGUAUUCGUACACCUUUGCCUACUCACCAUCAGAGUUCCCCACAGGUGUGACGCUCGAUACCAAGCACGACGAGGUCUGCCUCGACCUCUGGUCCGACACCGAGGCCAUCAUUGCGUCGUCUUCGUACACCUCGGGCGCAACAGCGGCGCUUGAGGCCUCGCGCGACAAGCUCAUCCAGACGCUGGCGCGGACUCCGUUUGGUCGCGGAGCCGCCUUUUCGCCCUCGCCCGACCCGCCGGAGCUGCACUCGGCGUCCAAGUCGAGCAAGCCCAAGCCGAAGCGGGUCGACUCGGUCCUCGACGCAAGCACACCGCUUGCGGUCCUCCCGCUCUCGCGCCAGCCGGUCGACGCCCUCCCGAUCAUCGAGUUCUCGGUCGUUCUCCUCGCCCUCCAGCCGUCGCACAUCGACGCCUGGAUGCUCAUCCAAGAGGCUGUCGACAUCGCUGUGCCCAACGGGUAUUCUUCGCUCUCGGCCCUUCCCCAGAUCGCACAUCCGGUCGUGGCCACUGACUCGGAGGCCACCGCCGGCGAGUACGCCGAGUUUGUUGCUCAGAUGCUCGACCCAUCCGGUCUCGAGCUCGGCCUCGACGCCAGCCGCGUCGCCAUGUACAUGGUGGUCUCGGCCAACACGGUCAUCCCGCUCAACUCGGACACGCCGGUCUACCGUCUUGCCGCCACCUAUCAGGCCGUCUGGCCAGUCUCACUCUUUUACUGCCAGGUGCAGUAG